UUGUUCCUGCGUACUGACGAGGCCUUCAGAAAGUGGCUUUUGUGUGCAGCCAAGAGACCUGGUUUCAAAUGCCAGCCAGAGCAUCUUCAGGCUCAUUAAUAAUGGAGGCGUCUGACAGGGCCAGCUUCGCUUGCUUUGUUUCCCCUGUAGAUGAAAGGGGACAUGGAUCUUUCUGUUUUGCCCAAUAACAACCAUCCUGACAAAUUCCUGCAGCUUGACGUGAAGUCUUUAAUGAGGAGCUCAAACCUUGUGCAGGCUAGCCUCGCGAGAUUUCCGGGUGGAAAUUUCCCUGCCACACAACACUGGCAAAACCUUGUCUACUCCCAGAACCCUGGGGCUUCUCAGAGGAAAUCUGUGCGCUGGAGUGAAAAGCCAGUGACAGAAAAGAACAUCGCUUCUCAACGAGCUAAGGGAUUUGGCGGGGAGAGUCCAGUUGUCCCUGACAAUCCUCCACCAUCCAUGUCUUCGGUCACGAAGAAUAACCCAUUGUACGGGGACGCAAGCCUGGAAGAAGCUACGGAAGAGAGAAAAAAGAGUCCCUCCUGGACCAUUGAGGAAUAUGACAAGCAUUCUGCUCACACAAAUCUCUCUGGCCACCUGAAGGAAAACCCCAAUGACCUGCGCUAUUGGUUGGGGGAUAUGUACACUCCAGGCUUUGACACUUUGCUGAAAAAAAAGAAGAAGCGCAACAAGCGAUCAAAAUUAUGCCACAUGGGUCUGAUUUUACUCGUUGUGGCCUCCAUCCUGGUUACCAUAGUGACUCUCAGCACUUUAUUCACCUAAGGAAAUUGCAAAUCCUUCAAAGCUCUAAAACGCCUUCUAAAUAUUUACAAAAAAAAAUCUGUGUCCUAGCGUUGUGAAUAUAUGUGUCCGCAUCACUAGCUGUGUGACUAAACGCCAUUGUCCUUUAGAAUUCGAGCACUGCUUGCUUGCGUUAUACUGGCCUCCCUGCUUUGUUCUGUGAAACCCGUGUGUGAUUCCAAUCUGGGUCUCCCCCUCUGUGAAGCAGAUAUUCCAAAGUAUCAUGAUAACAAACAUCACUACACGCACCUGUAAUCAAUUUUAUGGUAGAGAGCAGAGCAUCAUCAAACACUGGCUGCCUCUUGGCUCAGUGCUCAUCAUUCACACACACCCCUCCUCCUCUGGGCACUGGGGAAGCUCCAGCCAAACUGGCUAACUGCCAGGGCGACAGGAAGGCUUCAACUGAGUCAGUUUAGACCCGUCUUACCUUCCUUUAUCUGCAUUUGAGUCAGGGAAAAGGAAAAUGUGGCAGGGAGAUGUUAUUCAAUUCUGUUCUAACUUUCUCGGUUAUCCUUUAUAAAGACCCAAAUUUAUGUUGCUGUUUUAGCAGUAAUAAGCUUGGUCCAUCAUUGUGGUAUGUGUGAUUGAUAGAAACUGACAACUGUGACCUCUAGUGGCAGUGGGUACAUAGUCCCAGACAUAGUGGGUAGGGCACUGGAGACGCUGCAGGGAUGCUGCCACCCCUGAGGAUUCUCCUGGAUGACCCACCAGAACAAGAGAUUAUCAGAGGAAGGAGCUGGCUUAUGGACUCCACAAGAAAUGGAACUAGAUUUUCCCUCAAGGCCAUUUUCAGUUGUCUGCCAGGUUCGGAUACCUGAGAACAAGGGUGCCCUCUCAUCCUCCAGGGACAUUCUCCCCUAAGGCCCCCAGGGCCACUCCUAAUGCUAUUCAGUGUGUGAAUCAAAGCUUUUCUUCUUCCCAAAGAGUGCCGUCUUCUCGUGCCCUUGGAUAAGGCCUUACUAUUUCAUGGUGUUGUUCAUAAAGAUACUUGAAGUAAAGUGUAUAAAAAUGAACGUUUACUGGACAAUAAAUUAUUGGGCACAAAGCAAAA